UCAAAGUAAAAAAUGUUGUCCUCUAUAGCCACAGAAAUGCACUCUGGGGCAGAGUCAACAUGGCAGCCUGCAGGUUGCUUGUGGAUUAAUGUAGAGCUUAACGAAUAUUUUGUUUCUGUCACUGAAAUAAGCUUAGAACAUGUUUCAGUUAUUCAGUUGUAGAGCAAGUAUCUCUGCUCCAGUGCGGUCAUUGUUAUACCCGCGAUGCAAUAAAACAGCAGACAUAUGGAAACGUUCACGGUGGUAUACAUCUCCAGGAACUAAUGCAUACAGCUCCUUACAGCAGCCUCGAAGUGCUGUCAGUCGUAUAUGGAGCCUCACGCAGAGAGCUGUCCGCCAGUCCACCACCCGAACACCCAUACCCCCGCGAGUGGCUCUGAAGUUCAUGCUGGGACCAGCAGUCCUCUCUGUCUCUGCACGACUGUUUUGCCAUGUAGCUUACUGCGAGGCAGAUGUGAAUAACAAUACUCUGGUGGAAGUUGUGGCCAAAAACCCUGUACCUGAGUUCAAAUGGCAUAUCCUCUGGGAAUUUGUCAAACCACAACUGUUUGCUCUCAUUGGUGCUGUUGUGCUUGCUUUUGGUGCAGCUAUCUUAAAUAUUCAAAUUCCCUUAUUGCUUGGAGAUCUGGUGAAUGUUGUGGCACGUUACCUGAGAGAACAUACUAGGAAUUAUGUCCAUGAAAUUAGAGGUCCUGCACUGAAAUUACUUGGACUGUAUGGUAUUCAAGGCCUGCUGACGAGUGGCUACAUCAUCCUGCUUUCAAGGGUGGGGGAGAGAGUGGCAGCAGACAUGAGGAAGACCCUUUUUGCAUCCUUACUGAGGCAAGAUGUGGCUUUCUUUGAUGCCAAUAAAACCGGGCAGCUGGUGAAUCGUCUGACUGCUGACAUUCAGGAGUUUAAGUCAUCCUUUAAAUUGGUCAUCUCUCAGGGCCUGCGGAGUAUUACACAGACAGUUGGCUGUUUUGUCUCUCUCUAUUUCAUCUCCCCCAAACUCACAGGUUUGACAGUGGUUGUCCUCCCCUGUUUAGUGGGAGCAGGGGCUCUCAUGGGCUCAGUCCUCCGCAAACUAUCCCGUUUGGCUCAAGAACAGGUUGCAAAAGCAACAGGAGUGGCAGAUGAGGCACUUGGCAAUGUGCGGACAGUGAAAGCUUUUGCGAUGGAGGAGCGGGAGCUCCAGUUAUAUGCAUAUGAAGUUGACAAAUCAUGUGAAAUGAAUGAGAAGCUUGGUGCUGGAAUAGCAGUUUUCCAAGGACUAUCAAAUGUUGCUCUGAACUGCAUUGUCCUUGGAACUAUUUUCGCUGGAGGGACUUUAAUUUCAAGCAAUGAAAUGUCCCCUGGAGACCUCAUGUCUUUCCUUGUUGCUUCCCAGACCGUUCAGAGGUCAUUGGCCAGUAUCUCUAUCCUUUUUGGACAGAUGGUGAGAGGAAUGAGCUCUGGGGCCCGGGUUUUUGAAUACCUAUCUUUGAAGCCAACCAUUCCAAUGUCUGGAGGAGGACGCAUCCCGUACCAUUCUCUGACAGGAAGAGUGGAUUUUAUGAACAUUUCGUUCAGCUAUCCAACAAGACCUGGCCAUCAGAUCUUGAAGAAGUUCAACUUAACGCUGCCACCUUGUAAAACUGUCGCCCUUGUUGGGGAAUCUGGAGGAGGAAAGUCCACUGUGGCGUCCUUGCUGGAGCGUUUCUAUGACCCAACCAGCGGUGUGAUCAUGCUAGAUGGACUCAACAUUCGAACACUAGAUCUGUGCUGGCUCAGGAGGCAAGUCAUUGGAUUUAUCAGUCAGGAGCCAGUUUUGUUCGGAUCAUCCAUCAUGGAGAACAUCCGCUUUGGGAUGCCUGAGGCCACAGAUGCAGAGGUCAUUAAUGCAGCCAAGCAAGCCAAUGCUCACAGCUUCAUUACAGGUUUCCCAGACGGCUAUAACACCAUUGUUGGUGAACGAGGUGUGACGUUAUCAGGCGGCCAGAAACAGCGCAUUGCUAUCGCCCGCGCCUUGAUCAAGAACCCUACCAUCCUGGUGCUCGAUGAAGCCACCAGCGCCCUGGAUGCAGAAUCCGAGCGAGUGGUGCAGGAGGCGCUUGACAGGGCCACGAAGGGUCGCACUGUGCUUAUAAUCGCCCAUCGGCUGAGCACCAUUCAAGGGGCUGACCUCAUCUGUGUCAUGAGCAAUGGCCGUAUUGUGGAGGCUGGGACUCACUUGGAACUGCUGGGCAAAGGAGGACUUUACUCUGAUCUAAUCCGCAGGCAAAGAGCUGAGGGGCUGAAAUGAACACACCAAAACGUAUUUACUGUAGCUCUACAAUGAGUAAUGGAAUUUAUUUUUAAUAAAAUUCACUGGAUGGGCUUACCUGAACAGAUGCAUUAUAUAAAACAUAAAUCUACUAGCUCUCUGUUUAUUUUAUGACAAACUCUCAAAUGUAUGUAUGUGAAUGUAUAAGCGGACCAACUGGAUCAAACUAUAAUGAACAAACUACACUACUGUACAGUGUCUAACUAAAUGGGAAUUUCAUAACACUGUUUUCCCUUAUCCUGUAUAGGACGACAAUGGCUUUUUUAUGGAUCAUAACACUGAACUUCCAUGUUGUGUCACAAAUACAGAGUUGAAGAAUAAAUACAGCACAUGCUUUGUG